AUGGCAGAAUCGACUAACAGAAAAAUUACAUCUGUGGCGGCAGGUGCAACCGCAUUGGCGACUGCUGGUGUUGCAUUAGAUUCACAACUUAGAACUCAUGAAGCUUUUGCUGCAGGAGGAGCAUUUGUUGAUAAUGAAGCUUCCAACGCAGAAAAUGGUGCGUCUACUGAAACUACUACUUCAAUCGAACUAUCUAAAACCACUGCAUAUGAACCUAACAUUACUCCUGUUACACCCAGGGCUGUUACCAAGGAUACACAACCAUCUCAAGAUUAA